UCUGUCUCUACUAGUCUACUGCGAUUCAUUCCAUUCAACAAUGGCAGAUCUGAUUCAGAGGGAAGAGGGAGAUAGAUUUCAGAUACUGUGAACUGAAGUAUAAUUUUCUCAAUUCGUAGUUCACGAGCGGAUCAGGAAUCUCUGGUGUUUCAGAGAUGAUUUGUUCGGGUCGAAUUUUAGCAGUUUCGCCUUCUCUGAAACCUCAGAUUCCAUCCAAGACUCCAUUUUGGAGCUACUCAAGAUAUUUUCAUGGAAAAUUCAAGUUAGACCUCAAACGCCCAUCCGUAGGUGCUGAUCCUGAUCCUUCCUUUGCGCCUUCUGUUGAUUCCAAUUCUCCUGACAAGAACGCUGCUGGCUUUUGUAUAAUAGAAGGGCCUGAGACAGUGCAAGACUUCGCCAAAAUGGAACUGCAAGAAAUUCAGGACAAUAUACGGAGCCGUCGAAAUAAAAUCUUCCUGCACAUGGAGGAGGUUUGUUUCAAUAUGCACUUUCAUCUCAUUUAG